UUUCUAGGGUAGAAAGUUCUCAGCAGACCUCCAGCCCAAUGGAAAAAUUUGGUGGCCAGAGGGCAAAAUGUCCUUCAACUCCCCCAGUGCUUGGGCCAUUCACUGCAAGAAGAUGGUCAAUCCAUCCAAGAAGUCGGGAUGUGGAUGGGCAUCGGUAAAAUAUAAAGGCAGGAAAUUGGAUGCCUGGAAGACAACUUGGUUUAGGAGACAAAAACCAAACAGUUUCCCAACACCCACCUUUAAUAAAGAGGAAUCUUCAGACGUUAAAGAUGAAGAAAAUGAGGAGAAUGGGACCGGACUUGAGGACCAAGAAUCAAAAGCUAAAACAAGGAAAACUAUUGAAGUAGAUAAGACUGGAGAAGCAGAAGGAAGAAAAAUCUCAGUUAAACAUUCCUCAUUAGGAAAGAAGAGACAGAAUAAGAUUUCCACAGUCACUUGACCUGUAGUGAGAUAGUCGGCUACCUUGGAGGGAGAUGGGACCCAGUCAGCCAGCACAUGAGUGUCCAGCAAGCAUUCCCAUGUCGCUGUAGAUUGGGAGACCAGGAAAAUGCCAGUAAAGUGGAAAAUGAG